AUGUCUUCAAUCAAUGAACCCAAGGAACGCGAUUCAACCUUCUAUGAUUCGCCGUAUCUGGCAGAACACUAUGAUAUUUUCUGUGAGAAAUAUCUGACCGAAGAACUCAAAGACGUCCCGGUGUACUGGGAGCAGCUCCAGAAAAUCCAAUCAUCUGCACCUGAACAGCCCUUCGUUGUCCUCGACGUCGGAACUGGAACCGGACGGAUCCUUCACGGCCUAGCGGCAAGUGCAGGCGAGGAAGGGUAUGAUCUUUCUUCCGCCGAGUUUAUCGGCCUUGAACCGUCGCAAGAUAUGCUUGACCGGGCGGCUAAAAGUAGCCAAAUGGCGCACGUCGGCCAUGUCGCCUGGGAACAGGGCACGGCUCUGGACCUUGUUAGCGUGCCAUCACUGAAUGGAUGCACCAAAAAGGUCAGCAUGCUCAUGUGGGCUGUUGGGAGCAUCAGUCAUCUCCAUGAGCCCGAGCAACCGACCCAGUUCUUGAACCAAGUGGCCAAGGUUCUCAUGGCAGGAACAGGUCGAGUGAUAAUCUCCAUCUCACACCACCUUGCACCUAAAGAUCUCAAGGAUGCAGCAAUUGCUCCCUGGAAAAACCCACCGCGCCUUGCUAGCCGGACUUUCCCCGAUAUUGUCUAUCAGACUACGCAACUGGAGACUAAGACCAUAGGCCAUGUUCAACAUGAUACCCGCGAGGUUUUAGUCAUCAGGACCCUCCCUGAGGGUACCGAACAAGUUGUGGAGAAGAAUUUGGUUCAGUUCAAGGGAAGAUUGUGGAAGGAAAAUGAGUUGGUUGAUACGGCGAAGAAUGCGGGGUUGGAAUUGGCCGAUACUAUUAGUGCGGAGCGUGAGGCUUUCUACAUUUUCAAGCUGCAGGAAUAA